CCAUGCGCCACACGGAAUCCUGGAUUCAGAGCGCAGACUCUCUACUCCUGGAAGAACUUCACAAACUGAGAGGAUUCAGAGUUUUAACAUUUAGCUCUAGAAGUCAGCGGGGUUUGUUUUCCUGUUCUGCCGGAUCGGAGCGGAGUCCCUCCUCAAACCUCAGAACCAUCCUGUGCUCCUGUCCGGAUCCUCUCCUGUGCAGGAUGAGGGACUGAAUCAAUGUCUGACUUUCACCCCGGCGCUCCUGACAUGAGCAGCCGCGCAGUCUGCAGCCUCUAGGCGCGUCUUUGUCAUUUUAAUGCCGCUGUGAUCUCUGCCUGAUUGUCGCUUUGCAUUUCAGCGCAAGCGAUCAAUCUGAAGAGUUGUUUCUCUUCUGGCUGGAAUUUAAAUACGAGGAACUCUGAGCGUGGAUCUUAUUGGAUUGUUUGUAUUUAUUUGCCUUCAUUAUCGCCGGACUCCGAGCCUUUCUCCUGAGGAUGUUGCUCCGCUGCUCGAGCCCUCCCUCCUGGUCCACCUGUAGGUUUUUCUUCUGCUUACUGCUGCUGCUCCUGACGCCCCGGUCCUCCUCUCCGUUAAUCACAGGUACGGAGGCGAGCUGUGAGAACGAGGGCGAGGUCCUCCACAUCCCCAACAUCACCGACAACCCGUGCAUCACCUGCGUGUGUCUGGAGGGGAAGGCCGACUGUAAACAGGAGAAAUGUCCUCUGGUCUCAGAUGACUGUGCUCUGGUGGUGAAACAGACCGGAGCCUGCUGCGAGAGGUGCAAAGGCUGCAUGUUGGAUGGACGAUCUUACAACAGCUCAGUGUCCUGGACCAGCUCCACCAAACCCUGCAUGAACAGACGCUGUCAGUGUGAAGGUGUCAUCACAGAGUCGGAGGUCCAAUGCGUCCACUGCAGGAACCCCAAAAUCCACCCCAAGAAGUGCUGCCCCACCUGCCCCACUUGUAUCUUUGAGGGUCGACUGUAUAAAGAGAGGGAGGAGUUCAGUCCGGAGGGGCAACCCUGCAUCAAAUGUACCUGCACUGGAGGGCGGACCCUUUGCAAGAGGGAGGUGUGUCCUGUCCUGUCAUGCCCCGCCCACCUCAGCCACACCCCGUCUGGACAGUGCUGCCCCAGAUGUCUUGGUCAGAGGAAGGUGUUUGAUCUGUCGUUAGGAAGCUGUCUGUUCCACAGUGACGUCUACGAGAACGGCAAUUCCUUCAUUCACGACAACUGCACCACCUGCACCUGCAAGGACUCCACAGUGGUCUGCAGGAGGCGCUGCUCUCGGCCGGGGAGUUGCCACGGCGACCUCUGCUGCCCCGAGUGUCUGUCCUACGUGAAGGUGGAGGAGGUGAAGUACUGCAGAGUCCGGAACAAGAUCUACAGGGAAGGAGACAUGUGGUCGUCCCUUAACUGCACGCUCUGCGCCUGUGUCAGAGGAAGCAUCGAGUGUCGACCCAAACAGUGUGUACCAAUCACCAGCUGCCCCUCGAAUAAGAUCCUGAACAGGACGGGCUGCUGUCCUGUCUGCACUGAAAAGCCGGGCGUAUGCACAGUUUUUGGAGACCCUCACUACAACACGUUCGACGGCAGGACCUUUAACUUUCAGGGGACCUGUCAGUACGUACUGACUCGAGAUUGUGGCGGCGCCCCCUCUGGAGGACCAGGAAAUAACGUCAACAGCCAAGACUCCAGCUUCAUGGUGUUGGUGAAGAACGACGCCCGGCGCACUCGCUCCUUCUCCUGGACUCAGUCUGUAGAGAUCCGGCUGGGCGCUCUGGUCCUCAGUCUCCAUCAGCACCUGACGGUCCGGAGGAACGGCACCCGCAUCGCCCUGCCCUACCACGGCCCCGGCGUGCACAUCGACCUGGACGGAUACCUGCUCAAACUCACCACCAUCGCAGGUCUGGAGAUCACGUGGGACGGCGACAGUUUCGUGGAGGUCGUGGCCGCUCCUCACCUGCGUGGACGCCUCUGCGGCCUCUGUGGAAACUACAACGGCCACAAACGUGACGACACCAUGGGAGGGGACGGUCAGUUCAAGUUCGACGUGGACGAGUUUGCCGAGUCGUGGCGGGUGGAGGGGAACGAGGUUUGCUCGCAGCAGCACCUGCCUCGCAGACCCGCUUCCUUCCUGUGCCCCGGCAGCGUGAAAGUCAAAUUCCGCGCUCACAGAGAGUGUCAGAAGAUAAAGUCCUGGGAGUUUCAGAAGUGUCACCGUGUGGUCGACUUCGCUCCUUUUUACAGGUCGUGUGUGACGGACAUGUGUGAGUGUCCCGUCCAUAAAAACUGUUACUGUGAGUCGUUCAUCGCCUACAGUCGAGCCUGUGAGAGGGAAGGCGUCCCUGUCGUCUGGAGGCCCGACACCGCCUGCAUGGCCACCCAGUGUAAACACGGCGCCGUGUACGACACCUGCGGGCCGGGCUGCACCAAAACCUGCGACAACUGGAACGAGAUCGGGCCGUGUCACAAACCCUGCGUGGCGGGCUGCCACUGCCCCGCCAACCUGGUGCUGUUUCAGGGACGCUGCAUCAAACCCACAUCCUGCCCGGGGCGGUGACCCCUG